AAAUGCUCAGUUCAUAGAUGCACGCGUAUUACGACGCACGCGACGUCUUUGGCGUGUACCGUUUGAACUCGCGCGGGCACAAAUUUUUGUCUAUGACAUAAAAAAAUAAAAAUAGUGGACUAAUGAGGUUUAUAACAUCGUAAAGCAAGCGGACAUUAGCAGGCCGAUGUGGCGGCAAAGGAUUCUUCAAUAAUAACUCAAGUAGUGAGGGCGCCAAUAUAAUGUGGCGCGCAAUACUGCUGGCGUGGCUAGUCACCUCGAGCCGUGGACAGCAGACACGGCCCAACAGGGUCGUCGACCUCUCCACCACUUGCGAUAAAGCCUCUGUCACCAUACACCUGGAUAUGGAGAAGCCCUUCAAGGGGCUCGUAUUCAGCAAGGAUUUUUCGAGAGAAUGUCAAACACAAGGUAAUUACCAGAAUAAGAUAUCGUUACGUCUACCGUCGAACGCGUGUGGGGUGAGGACCUCCGCGCUGAACUCCACUGUUGAGGAGCCAGACGAAGACGAGGACUUGUACUACAACGUGGAGCUGGUCGUCCAAAUGGACAGGCACCUGCAACAGUCUUCCGACCAGGAAUUGCUAAUUAGGUGUAAAUUGCAACGUCGUGCGGUUCGCAUCAACAGUUCAGCGUUAGAGACCGUCAUAAAUACGAAGUUGCACGAAAUGAUUGGGCAGGAAACGAAAAAAAUGAGAACUGGUAGAAACCGUCAGGGGUUCGUCAAUCCAGCUGAAUUGGAACAGCGAGAAUGGUUGAUGGAAGCGGCGCGCGCCUGGAUGGAGCUGUCGCCAGCUGUGGCUGCUACGGAACCCGCCACGGUCGAAGUGGGACAACCAACUCGGCUCCUCAUACAGUGCACUCUGCCAGUUGGCGUUGGCCUGCGGGUAACCAACUGCGUAGCACACGACGGCCUCGGAGAAGCAUCACAGAAACUUUUAGACGAGGCAGGCUGCCCGAUCGACGAGGCCAUAUUCAACAAGCCGACCAUCCACCGCCACAAACCCAAGAGUACAGAAAUCGACUUCUCCGAGUUGGAACCAAUCGAUCCUCAAAGGAACAUCGAUGAAAACUCCAAUAUCAAACAAAUAAGAUCAGACCCCGACUAUAUGUUUAAAAAUAUCAUGACCUAUCAACAUGCCAUUACAACUUUUGCUGCCUUCAAAUUUCCCGACAGAGCGAAGUUGCAUCUUACAUGUGGUAUCGAGCUUUGUAAAGGCCGUUGCCCACCAGUGGACUGCAAAGCAUUACAGAAGCCUCAGCAUACAAAAGACGGAUUAGUAAGGAAGGCGCGUCUAGAUAAAGAUGCGAAGGGAAUAGUGAUAGACAGACUGGAAGUAUACAAUAGUAUAGAGGUGCUUGCACCUAACAUUGAGUUGGAAGAUGAAGCGUCGAUUAGAGGUUCAAGACGAAUAGAAGCAGAAGAAGACGAAAUAGUCCGAAGAUUCUCUCCUGGAGACAAGACCAUCUGUUUAUCACCUGGGAAAAUGGCUCUUGCAUUUUGCGUCCUUGGAGUCAUAUUCCUCUGUGCUAUAGCUGUGGCCUUCGUAUCUCUGGUGCGAGCGAGACGACGACUUGGAAGGGAACCGCUGCAUACAUCCCUCUCAUUCUACACUGGCAGCAAAAGUAUGUUCUCUUCUAGUGAGAGCUCCAGCUCUGGCCUAAGUGGGAGUAAACUGUUGCUUACUGAUAGUCCAUACUUAGAUCAACAUUCGACUUCUAGUAACAACUGGCCAUAUUCUAGAGCAUUCUAACUUGAUACAAAUAGUUUAGUCCAUACCCUCGCAUACUUGGGUACUGAAAUGAACUUAUAGUAUGUUUCAAUAAAACUUAAAUGUAGGCCGCCUUUUGUAUCACUUUUUAUAGAAAUUAACUGUAUUUAUUAUUUUUAUAAACGGUGCAUUAAAGCAUUAAUAAAUAAAUAAAUUUAAUGAAAAUGUAACCACGUUAUGUUGAAGUUAUCAUAGAAAUAAUCUCUAAAUGAAAUUAUUAACACAUCUUAAAAUACUAUCAAUAAUUUAUUUAUUAAACUUUAAUACACCUAUAUAGUGCAAAUGGCGGACUAUACAUAGACCAUAGAUAGGAAGAACGGAAAAUAUAAUUGACGGCACAAUUUAUGAGCAAAUAAAUAGAAAAACAAUAUUAAAUUAAAACAGUAAUUUAAAAAUAACGUACAUAAAUAAUAUUCAUAUUACUUAUAUUAUAUAAUUAAUAGAUUAUUAUUUGUACUCUUAUUGGAGACCAGCAGACUGUCUUAUGGUUGGGUCAAUUAUUUGUUUGUUUAUAUUUCCAUUAAAUUAUAUUGAAAUAGACUAUUCUUCACAAACUUGAACGCCAAUAGUUGAUAAAUACUUCUGACCAACUUCCCAAUUAGGGAUUAAAGUCGUGGGUAAUUUUAUUUAUUUAUUCUUAUUUCAUUAACUUAUUACAAUAAAAUGACAAAUAAAAUACUGGUAAAUUAUUAUUACUAUCUAUCGUUAAAAAAAAAACAUUAAAAAGUAACAAUAUUGUUUCAAAUACAUUUUGUAUGAUUUAAUAUUUUUAAUUUGAAUUAUUUUUAUGAUGAAGGUUUUUCUUCUCUCUUCAGGAUAUAUGUGUAGGUAAUAAUACUAAUAAAAUACAAACAAUUCUAUUUGCAUGUAUAUACCGAAUUUUACAACA